AUGUCAAAGGCAAAUUACGGACAGUUUUUACGAAAUACCAAUUUGAUUCUGCCUGAGCAGCCAAAUCACGAUGAGUUUCUAAUAGCAAUGGAAAAUGUUUUUCGACUGUCAUGCAUUAUUGGCGUGCUCGGAUCAAAGAAAUACAUCUGCUAUGUGUGGAGUGCCUUCAUAUUGACUGUGUUACUUGUGAUGGAGAGCCAGGCCAUCUGGAAGGUUAUCAAAGCUCUUGCUGGAAUUGCGAUUGAUACUGCUGGACAGAGAAGUGUUACAGCGAGGCUAGCUGGAACCAUUUUCUACACUAUAGCCAUUCUAUCCCUGAUCUUAGCCUCAAAACUGUUCAGGUCUUGGGGAGAACUAUCAGCGCUAUGGGUCAGAGUGGAACGAAUCAUGGCAGUAAAAGUCCCAAGCGAUGGAACACUGAAGAGGAGAAUGUAUAUUAUUAUUGGAUUUAUGACUGUUUGUUCUUUAUUGGAACAUUUGUUGAGUAUCGUUUCUGCCAUUGGACUGGAUUGCCCGUCGCACUUGAUUAUGAAACGAUAUAUUCUUAUAUCCCAUGGUUUUAUGAUAUUGAGGCAUGAAUACUCAGACUGGUACGCCAUGCCACUAGCCUUUAUGAGUACAAUAGCUACAAUGCUGUGGAAUUUCCAAGAUCAGCUCAUAGUUCUAAUCAGUAUGGGUCUGACUUCAAGAUACAGCAGACUAAACCAGUGCUUGGCCAACAUAUGCGCACUGGAGAAGAAACAGAUGGAGUCCGAUCAAGAAAUUUAUUUACAGAAAACCGAAGCAACAAAAGUGUACACUUGGCGCAAACUGCGAGAAGCGUAUGUAAAGCAAGCUAUGUUGGUGCGCAAGGUGGAUGACGCUAUUGGUAGUAUCAUUAUACUGUCUUGCUUCUGCAACUUUUAUUUUAUAUGUCUGCAGCUCUUUCUGGGGAUCACCCAAACUCAGUCAGACGAGCCACUCAGAACAGUCUACUACUUCACUUCUCUAGGCUGGUUGUGCUUCAGAGUGAUCAUCGUCGUUCUAGCUGCCUCCAACAUUAACGUUCACUCCCAAAUAGCUCUCAACCACAUCUACACACAUGAUACUCUUUAUUACAACGUUGAGUAUUUGGGUAAUAGUAAGCUGCUUCUACCAGAACAACCAGUUCAUGAUGACUUCUUGGACACCAUGGAAAAGGUUUUCUACUGGUCCUGUUGGUUUGGCAUAUUUGGCUCGAAGAAAUAUAUCAGUAUAGUAUGGAGUGCUCUCAUCUUGGUGUCCUUGGUGGUUAUAGAGUACUUGGCGAUUUGGAAGGUGGUUAGAGCAGUAACUGGAGUGGCCAGAGACACAAGUGGACAUCUUGAACAUGCAGUUAGUAUGGUAGCCUCAGUGGGACUCGACUGUCCACCGUCCUUAAUAAUGAAGCGAUACAUACUUGUCUCUCACGGAUUUCUUUUUAUGGGACUGCAGGAGAGGGCAAGCCAGCUUGCAAGUGAAAGCGAGAGCCAAGGUGGCACUCGGACCUGUGGGGAGACGCUGGUUCCGUCCAGCGAGUCCCGGGCAAAGGCACAGGGAGGAAAGGGGUCGGAUUCGGAGUCCGACUCAUCGUUGUCUGGCGUCAGCAUUGCGCUGCGCCACAAAAGGGACCGGGGCGUUUUUAAGCGUCCCAGGUUGGAGGAUGGUCGAGAGCCGUCCUCCAUCGAGCAGGAGGCCCCAGCCCCCAAAAUCCCCACGGCUGCGCGGGGUAGGGGCAAGGGGAAGGGCUCCGCAAGAGCGGCUGGGAGCCGCUCUGAGCCGGCAGAGCGGCUGGCAGCGGAGGGGAGCGCCCUGGGAAAGGCUGCCCCCUCGGACUCCUCGGAGAUGGAGGUGUCCGGCGGUGAGGGGCCUGUAGGCGGUGCUGAGAGCCUCCGCCUCCAGAAAUCGGAAGCCUUGAAAGUGUACACUUGGCGCAAAAUACGGGAGGCGUACGUGAAGCAAGCUAUGUUAGUGCGACGGAUGGACGUCGCCCUCGGGGGUAUCAUCAUGUUGUCCUGCUCUUGCAACUUCUACUUCAUAUGCUUACAAAUGUUCCUGGGAAUUACCCAAGGACUCUCCACCGAUUUAAUGACAGGUAUCUAUUACGUGGUAUCACUCGCUUGGCUGUGUAUACGAGUGAUAAGUGUCGUACUCUCAGCGUCCGGAGUGCACACACACUCGAAGACUGCUCUCAAGUACCUCUAUACUUAUGAAACCAACUGCUACAAUAUUGAAGAUUUUCUUCCUAUCCUAAACAACGUCUUUAAGAAGGCCCGUUACUUUGGGAUCUCUGGCUAUGGAUGCAGUCUCGCUUUUGGGUGGAGUCUGAUACUAUUUGCAAUGCUGGUGGUGGCAGAAACUGUAGCAGUUUGGAAAGUCGUGAGAUUCCUUCGUGGAUGGCUGAUGAGCGCUUCUGAUAUUGAACACAUACUGAGUAUGAUAUCAGCAACUGGUGUUGGGUUUCCCAUAGAAGAAUUCGUCUAUAGAUACGUCACUCUUUCUCAUGGGUUCCUGCUAAGAGCUCAGGACUACAGUCCUUGGAAUGGUAUACCAAUUUUCAUUCUCAGCAAAUUGGCAACUGUUCUAUGGAACUUUCAAGACCUGAUCAUCAUUCUGAUCAGCAUGGGUCUUAGUUCUCGGUACAAAAGGCUGAAUUUGUAUGUUAGAAACGUAGUCACUGUUGAAAAACGUUCUGAGGCGAAGCCAAAGUUUGGCACAGAUCUCUACUUACAAAUUCAAGUAUGGCGUCGUUUACGCGAGGCGUACGUUAGACAAUCAACACUUGUGCGUAUGGUCGACCGUAAACUUGGAUCUCUUGUGCUGCUAUCCAAUAUCAAUAACUUGUAUUUCAUCUGUCUGCAGAUCUAUCUUGGAAUACAUAAGCCGAGUUCGAGCACAAUAAGUCGUUGUUAUUUCCUCUUCUCACUAAGCUGGCUAAUUCUAAGAGCUUGCAGCGUAGUGAUUGCUGCGUCUGACGUCCAUCUGCACUCGCAAAGAGCUUUGAAACUACUGCACUCAUGCCCCAGUGCUAAUUAUAAUAUCGAGAUCAAAAGGCUGCAAUACCAGCUGGCACACGACUUUGUUGCGCUGACCGGAAUGGGAUUUUUCUCACUACGAAGAGAACUCUUGCUUGAAGUAGCAGCAGCAAUACUGAAGUACGAAUUAGUUCUAAUACAAUAUGAUAAAUAG